UCUGAAAGAGUGCUAGCCACCUUAAGAGGACUGUGUAGUCCAGAGUUUGUGCUGUUCCUAAAACAACUAUCCAACCACAUUGAAUUCAGCACUUGUCCACAUCCUUGUCUAACGAUGGAAGCGGAAAGGGAUGACAGAGCAACUUUCCUGUCACAAUUAGAAGAUACGAACAUGGAUGAUGUACAGUGCAUAGACAGCCCAGGUAGAAUGAUUCAAGCGAUAUCAACACCUGUGCUGCACACUAUGGAGAGAGCAGUUUCUAUUCCGCUACCAUCUCAAUCAGAAGGGUACACCUCAGGCAGUGAUGUUUCUGAAAUGGCACACUCUAAGCCACAAACCCAAAGGCAUCAAGCAGAGCCACAAAUGUUGCCGACCAUUGUGCCGCCAUCCACAGGACCUUUAGAAAAGUUAAUGCCACCUCAGAAUCAGAAACGACAAUCGCCAAGGAAACAACCCAUUUUGACAUCCAGGGUUGAAUCAACGCACAACUUAUCAAUGGAGCAAGAAACCCCAGGGCAUCAGGCAAUGCUACCUAUGUACUUCCCUCCAUCCACAGGACUUUUAGAAACGUCAAUGUCCUCCCAGGUUCAGUCACGACGAUCACCAAGAAAGCACUCCAUCUCCACGUCCAACCUUGGACCAACAGACAACUUAUCAAUGCCAUCUCCACACUCAUCUCCCCAGCAGGCAAGCCUGGCAUCAAGUUCAGAUGUCACAGAAAAGGUUAAACUCUUCCCCCACGUCGACAUUUACGUUGAACGGAAGGUUCUAAGGAAAGUGUGUGCAUCAGCUGCCAAAAAAGGAGUAAAAGGGGGAUACUACCUAAUGUAUGGGCUUCUAGACCAGGUUUUUACCCUGCAUGAGUUGGCAAACUCAAGGGGAACAGGAGUGGGCAAACCGCGCCCUGGUGACGAGCACAAACCUGUCCUCGACCAAGGAAAGCUAGAUAUCUUGAGAGAUUUUGUCAUAGGCUGGGGAAGAAAGAAUGCUGGAGGAGUUACCUUUCCGCUUGCUGACCUAAACAAUGCAGUUACGGAAAGAAAUUCCUAUGCGAGGAAGCAAUUGAAGAAACGUGUUGAGUGAACUUUUUUAUACUGGCCGUGUGUUGAGACAGAUACUGUUAUGAAAAAAAGGAAAAAUCAAAAUGAUUUAUGAUUCUAAAUUGUCAGGCUGUUUGUAACAUGCUAUUUUACAAUGCUAAAAUAGACUUAUUUGGUGUAUAUAUUAUGAUUAUUUGCAUUAUAUGUUUUUCAAAAGCUUACCUUAAAUGAAUUUUAAGCUCGGCUGUUUUCGAAGAAAACCGGAGGUAUUGUCAUAGCCAGCUCGUCCGCCAUCCGCGUGGUCCAAAAACUUUAACAUUGGCCAUAACUUUUGCAAUUUUUAGAAGAUAGCAACUUGAUAUUUGGCAUGCAUGUGUAUCUCAUGGAGAUGCACAUUUUGAGUGGUGAAAGGUCAAGGUCAUCCUUCAAUGUCAAAGGUCAAUUUUUAUAUAUAUAUUUUUUUUUUUAUUCAAAACUGCACCCACAGUGAGUGUUGGCACCU